GAGACGCGGUGGCCAACCUGUGCAUCUGAACCGCCUGCCGCGCUCCGCACGCCUGCUUUUUCACUUGCCUUCUUCCCACCAGGCCCCUCAGUCCUGCUUCUUUCCGGAGUCGCCUCGACUGCGGGGGGAUUGGAUUCACCCAGAGAUAAAUUGGCUCCCUCUCAACUGAGCGGACUACGAUCGUGCAUCUCCUCCUUUUCCGGGCCGCUCUAUAACAUCUCGCAUGGCAUGUUUCGCCUGCUGCCGUGGUCCUCUGGAAUCGGAGGAAACAAGGUGAUGGCGGAGGAUUUGAAGAUGCUGGUGACGCCGACGCAGCGCAAGUCGCCCGUCCUGGAUAGCCCUCCCCUUCACAAGCUGAAGCGCAAACUCGCCGACUCCCAUGAACCGAUCGCCGUCUUGGACGAGCCCCCGGCAACGAAGCGUCGCCUAGACAGCGGCGACCAGCCACCUCCUCCAGCCGAAGUCGACGUGAAAAACGACGGAACGCCUAGUUCUGAGUCCGCGACCAACGACACUGCGGCGCCUCCCCCAUCCGCUCCCUCCGACCAACAUCCCGAGUCGCAGCCUCGCGCCGAGAAUGACGGCCCGGAUCAUACCGGCACUCCCCAGUCAGACAAGCAUGCGAAAGCACCCCCGAAGAUGGAUAUCGAGAGGCUGCGCCAGGCGAUCGACGCGCAACUGAGCUUGGAAGUCCUCUUGAAACAUAAUGAACUGCGUCUCAUCGAUCAGGAGAUUGCGAAAUGUCAGAUCGCGCUGGAACAGCUGCGUCGGUGUGCUGAGAUCCCCUACCCGGGUUCGAGUGUCUCGGGAAUCUCGCAGUCGGUCAGCAACGGGACCGGGUUUGCGGUGGCACCGCCCGGGGGUGGACGCCCUCCUGUCUCGCCAGCUCCAUGGGGUGUAACCGACGGCCCCUACUCACGACACUAUGCAAGAUGGCUCUUGCCAGAUCCUCGCUUCGAUGGAGGAGAGCCCGAACCUCCCGCCCCUCACCCAGGCUACGGACCUUUUGAUGGACGAACCACGCGGUCGAGCCUCAACGAUAGCGGCUAUGUCGCUGGCAAGUCACGCUCCCAGAGAGGGAGCGUGAAUGCGAAGCUACAGGCUCUUCCCAGUGGUUACCCUCCACCUAAGGACAAGGCCGGCCCGAUGAUUAUCAAGCGUAAGAGCGAUGGUCAGCUGGUGAAGUUGGUUUGUCUGGAUUGCCGACGUUUCGAUUUCUCCAGCACCCAGGGUUUCAUCAACCACUGCCGGAUUGCUCAUGGUCGGACGUUUGCCAGCCAUGAUGCGGCAGCGGUGGCGUCUGGAGAGCCCGUCGAGGUCGAUGAGGCUGGGAUGGUUAUUGGAGGCACUGGUGAUUCGACAAGCGGCGGCGCGCCUGGUUAUGUUCACCCUUUGAUCCGUUCUGCACAUACCAUCGAAUCAGCAUCCAAGGACAACAACCAGCCGAAAUCUUCGAGCGAAGGAUCGGCAUUGAAGCAGAGUAACAAGGACAGUCCAGACACGGAUUCCCAACCGAAGAAGCCGGAAAAGACCAGUCCUGUGGCUCCAGAUCCCUCGUUCAAAGCGUCCCCCGAUACGCCCCACUUGUCUUCGCUGUUGGAACGGCGAGGCCUUGGUCUUGACCUUCGUGACCUGGUCGGGGAUGCCAAGACGCUUGUCGACCUGAACGCAUUCUCAUCCGAGGAGGAAUCUGAAGAGGAGGCGACUGAAGCGGCCACUGAAUCUGGCCCGGAUCGCUCGCAACUCAGUGUCCAAGGCAGUCGACUGCCUGCCCGUACGACGAUGCCUCAGGCCGCAUCUCAGCGUCCCAAUAGCCGAAAAGGAGCUGAGAAGGCAAGAGGUGGCCGUAAACCUCGUCAUAUCGAGACGUCGACACCGGCCAGACAAGCAUCGUAUACGUCACCAUACGCACCCUCCGCGUCGUUGGACGCCUUGCAGCUGGGUCGAUCUCAAGACGGAGAUGUCGACAAUACCGAAAAUCUCAGCCCUCAUACUGUCGAGUCCAAUCAAGCACCGAGCCUUGUCAGUGACGACGACGACGAGUAUGAGGCGCCCUCCGACUCUGAGAGUCCCAGUCCCAGCUCGUCGGAAGCAGGGGAUGACGACCAAGACUUCGAACAUAUCGAAGUGGAGGACGAUGAAGGCACAGCAACGUCGACAACGACGGAGACCAAGACGGAUCAUGAACUGGCCAGUCCGGCCAAAUCACAUGCGACCUCACUGUCGAAACCUCUGAGACGGGGUGGCAGGAAGAAGGAUCGCAUGCUCGGCAGCGGGCUUGUGUCGCUGAACCGUGGCAAAGAUGGGCGCCGGGUUAGUUUCGUGAGCCCGAAUGCAUCUCCAACCAAAAAGAAGGAUGCAGGCCGGAAACAGCAUCGAUAA